UCUUCAGAUUGUUUAUUUCCAAUUGCGAAAUUAACGGGAUUUAUAGUUACUUUUUGAAAAAUGCUUGAGGCGCGCUUAGGUCAAACUUUGCUUCUGAAGAAGAUCAUUGAUGCGCUGAAGGAGAUUAUCGCCCAGGGAACACUGGACUGCAGCGAUUCUGGCUUGCAGCUCCAAUCAAUGGACAAUUCGCAUGUUUCCCUGGUGGCUCUCAGUCUGCAAUCGGAUUGCUUUGAAAAGUUCCGCUGCGAUCGCAAUGUCUCGCUGGGAUUGGAUCUCAAGUCGCUGGCCAAGGUGCUAAAGUGCGCCAGUAGCGACGAUACGGUGACAAUUAAAGCCACCGACAAACCGGACAAGAUUCAACUUAGCUUCGAAUCGGAUGGACAGGAACGAACGGCGGACUACGAACUAAAGCUGCUCAAUCUGGACCAGGAUCACCUGGGAAUCCCGGAUACGGACUACUCCUGCACCGUCCAGCUGCCAUCGAUGGAAUUUGCCCGCAUUUGCCGCGACAUGAGCAUGUUUAGCGAAUCCCUGACCAUCGCCUGUUCCAAGCAGGGCAUCAAGUUCUCGGCCAACGGAGAUUUGGGUUCGGCCAACAUUCAACUGAGUGAGGGAACCAAAAUGGACGUUAGCAUCGACGUGAAGGAUCCACUAACCCAGACAUUUGCGGGUCGUUACCUGAACACCUUCACCAAGGCCACUCCGCUGUCGGAUCGCGUGAAGAUUUGCCUGGCCGCCGAGGUUCCCCUGCUGGUGGAAUAUCCCAUCGAGGACUUUGGCUACAUUCGAUACUAUCUCGCGCCCAAGGUCGAUGAUCCCGACUCGUAAUGGUUGGACAAUUUACCUCACCUUUUUUUAACGCAAUCUAUAUAAAUCCAAA